UCUGAUGCAGUUGGACUCACCAUCCUCCUCCAAGUCAAUGAAAUUGAAGGUCUUCAGAUUAAGAAAGAUGGAGCUUGGAUUCGUGUUGUACCACUCCCUGAUGCUUUCGUUAUCAACAUUGGAGACAUUUUAGAGAUUGUGACAAAUGGAAUUUACCGAAACAUUGAACAUCGAGCAACUGUCAACUCGAAGAAAGAAAGGCUCUCCAUUGCCACAUUUUUCAACCCAAAUAUAGAUGGUGAUUUUGGUCCAGCACCGAGCCUUGUGACCCCUGAAACUCAAGCAAAGUUUAAAAGAAUCAGCUUUGUUGAUUAUAUGAAAGGAUUAUUUUCGCGGGAACUUGAUGGCAAAUCAUUCCUUGACACCAUGAGAAUCUAGAGAAAGAAUAAUCUGGUUCUUGAUUUAUGUAUGCUGAGUUCAUUAAAUGAGAAAUAUGGUAUCUGCUAAUAUUUAUGUAUGGUAUGGCAGCUGCUAUCUGUACCCAAAAUCUAAUUGCUUUCAUUGAAUAAAAUAUGUGUCAACUAGUAGAAGAAUGAAUUAA